GUGAAGCACUGCUUGAGGACAUCUACCACUACACAUCCCUGGCUUCUGGUUGCGCAAAGCAUUCUCUUUGCUCAGCUAGUUUUGGGAACGCCCUGCUUGUCUCUGGAGUCUGGCCCAUUGCACGGGACGGGGCUGCCCGGGGGAGUGCCUUUACCCAACUCUCCUUAAGGGCUUGGAGAGACCUGAAGCCAAACCACUUGUGGAUCAUGUGCCGACCUGAGCGAGGACAGCAGCGACGCGAGCCCUCUUCGGCAGCAGCCUUCCCUCGCUGCCCCCGCCGCUGGCCCCCGCCAGUCGCUGGCGGUGCGACGCGUGCAUCUCCUAGGGCUAGGUUGCACCAGCAGCUGCCUGCUCGCUCGCCCGCUGAUCCCGCCCCCUGGAAAGUCAGGGCGGGGCUCGAGAAAGUGACUUCAGCCGGCCGCGGCUACGGCGGGGCGAGGGGGUGGCGGCGGCAGCACCAGAGCCCAGGAGUCGCUGGCCACUCGGGGGCGGCAGCACCGGGCAUGGCGGCGGCGGCGGCGCGUUCCCUGCUGGGCGCAAGGCGGAUGCGGGUCGCGGGGCGCGCUGCCGCCGGGCUCUGCGGCUGCAGCGCCUUCAGAGCGAGCCCCCACUGCACGGCGGCCCCCCAGCCGCCGCCGCCGCCGCCGCCGCCGCCCCCUGCGCCCUCCCGGGACAUGAGGAGCUACCUGUGGGCGCGCUACAAGGAGGCCAAGAGAGUGACCAAGGAUUUGGUUCCUUCAAUUAUGAGUAAUUUGCUGAAUCCAGAUGCUGUUUUUACCAACAAUGAAAUGAGUCUAUCAGACAUUGAAAUCUAUGGCUUUGAUUAUGACUACACAUUGGUCUUUUAUUCCAAACGUCUGCAUACUUUGAUCUACAAUGCUGCCCGGGAUCUUCUCAUUAAUGAGCAUCGGUAUCCUGCAGAAAUAAGGAAGUAUGAUUAUGAUCCCAAUUUUGCAAUAAGAGGACUUCAUUAUGAUGUACAUCGGGCAUUAUUGAUGAAGAUUGAUGCUUUUCACUAUAUUCAAUUGGGAACAGUAUACAGAGGACUCAGUGUCGUCCCAGAUGAAGAAGUCAUUGCAAUGUAUGAUGGUUCCCAUGUCCCCUUGGAACAAAUGAGUGACUUUUAUGGAAAGAGUUCACAUGGACACACAAUGAAGCAGUUCAUGGAUAUAUUUUCAUUACCAGAGAUGACUCUUCUCUCUUGUGUGAAUGAAUAUUUUCUGAAAAACAACAUAGAUUAUGAACCUGUUCAUUUGUAUAAAGAUGUCAAGGAUUCAAUCAGAGAUGUCCACAUCAAAGGAAUAAUGUACAGAGCAAUUGAAGCAGAUAUUGAGAAGUACAUCUGCUAUGCCGAGCAGACCCGUGCAGUGUUAGGAAAGCUGGCUGAUCAUGGCAAGAAGAUAUUUCUCAUCACAAACAGUCCCAGUAGCUUUGUGGACAAAGGUAUGAAGUUCAUCGUUGGAAAGGACUGGAGGGAUCUCUUUGACGUAGUCAUUGUACAGGCUGACAAGCCAAACUUCUUCAAUGAUAAGAGAAGACCUUUUCGGAAGGUGAAUGAAAGGGGGGUGUUGCUUUGGGACAAAAUUCAUAAAUUGCAGAAAGGCCAGAUUUACAAACAGGGUAACUUAUAUGAAUUUCUGAAGCUUACUGGCUGGAGGGGUUCCAAAGUUUUGUAUUUUGGUGACCACAUUUACAGUGAUCUAGCAGAUUUGACCCUGAAGCAUGGCUGGCGCACAGGUGCAAUUAUUCCAGAGUUACGAUCAGAGAUUAAAAUCAUGAACACAGAGCAGUACAUUCAAACCAUGACUUGGCUACAAACCCUGACUGGAUUAUUGGAACAUAUGCAGGUUCACCAAGAUCCAGAUUCACAAAUGAUUUUACAGGAAUGGAAAAAGGAAAGAAAAGAAAUGAGGGAAAUGACCAGAAACUUCUUCAACUUGCAAUUUGGGAGCUUAUUCAGGACUGACCAGAAUCCAACCUAUUUCUUAAGGCGUUUAUCUCGAUUUGCUGAUAUUUACAUGGCAUCGCUGAGCUGUCUCUUGAACUAUGAUCCCAAUUACACAUUUUAUCCAAGGAGGACUCCUUUGCAGCAUGAACUCCCUACCUGGUCAGACCAGCUGUGCAGUGGUACAUUCAGAGUACCCUUCCUGCAAGAGAUGGUUCAGAACAAAUGAGAUUUGGGUUUGUACCUGGGUUAUUUUAUAGCAUCCCAAAUGGAUGAAUAUACCCAUCAGUAACUACCAGAAUGUAUUAUUAUUAUUUUUUUUUUAAGUCAUCUAGUACAUUUAUGUAUCUUGAUCCAGUUACUGGACUGGUCUGUCCUGAUAGAUCAAGAAUUCAUAAAUAACUUGUCUCUCCUCUCCUGUAUUACUCCUGGGGGAAAUCUCUGUGCCAAAAAAUUAAAAGUUCUGCACACAGUAUAAUCACACUAGUUUCCAUCAUUUUGGCAAUUCAUUUCAAAAUACAUGUCAGCAAAUAUGUCUAUAACAAUACAGACAACAAAAAAGAUUUAGGAAAUGUUUUUUUGACAAAUAGGUCCCUUUUUAGGCAUAUUAAUACAGAUCUCUGAGUAAUAACAGUUCUGUAUUGUAGUUGAAAUGAAUUUCCCAUACCCCUCCGAUGCAGUGCAAAGCCCUUGCAGGAGUCGGGGUAUAGAGGAGCUGAGGGAGAUGGAAGUAAUUGCUGGGAAGGAGUCUGGAGGGUUGCUGGGUAUAGGUGGGAGAAGUAAGGAACAUUUUUUUGGGGAGGGGGACGAAGGGAGGGAUUGUUAGGGAGUUGGGGAGCCUCCUUCAUGCAGACCUGGCUGACCCCUAGCCACUCCCAUUCAGUCAGACACAUCUGCCCCUGUCCCUAUGUGUCCCUGCACCCCCACUCCCAUUCAGUCCCUGGCUCAAUGCUGACACCUCACUAGCUCCUGUGCCCCUGCUCCAGUCUCCAUCCCCCCCCACUAACCCUUUUGAACCCUAGUUUACCCCUCAGCAGCCCUGUGUCCUGCUAUGUCCAUCUCUACCAUGUUGCGUGCCUCCUCACCUGGCCCCACAGGCAGGGCACUGUGAAAAGACAGCCUGUCCCCCUCCCUCUCUGCUGCUGGCUGCUCCAGCCCCUGAGCUGGCUGCCCUCUGAUCUGAUGCCACAGAAGCCCCUGGUGGGCAAAAAGUGUAAUUGCAGUGCCUCUCUGGCAGAAUCUAUUUUCUGCGGGGGGGGAGAGAAAUCUGCGAUGGACAUGAAUUCUGCACGUGGCAGUGGUGCCGAAUUCCCCCAGGAAUAUCUAUGUAUAAAUCCUCUUAAAAAUAAUGAGACUUAUGCUUGCACAGAGAGGGGGAAAAUAGACCCCCAAAACAGAAUUGGCUAGAAGGGAAGAUUUGUUUUUUCAUAUUGAAACUCGUAUCUGCAACCUUGUGGUUCACAAAAACCAAAAAUGUAUAGCCUCUCUCUUCUGGUGCAGGUCUGAUGGAUCUCCACCUGAUGACUCCAGAAUAUCUUGACAUGACUGAAAAUUUUAAGUUUUAUUGUAAGUUCAGAGAGAAACAAUUAUCAAAUGGUUUACAUUGUGGGGGAGGGAGUAGUGUAAGUAUAGUAACUUUCUGUGCUGGAUACUUGAGUUACAAUAGAUCUUUAAACCUGUAGUUUUACUGAGACCCAUUAUUAAUGGGCUGCUUUUUCUACAUGUACAUGCAUUUUACAUUUGUGUAAUAUAAUAACCUGUGUUUUAUAUGUGAUAAACUUGUUGUCCCUGGGUGUAGACCUAAAUUUUCAAAUAUGACUAGUGAUUUUGCGUGCCUAACUUUGGACCUCUUAAAUGGCUUAAUUUUCAGAAGGUGCUGAACACUUGCCUUUUGACAGUAUCAAAGUAGGCACCUUUGAAUACUUAGGUCCUAGUUCUCAGGGAAAUACUAUGAAUGAAUGUUCAACUAAAAUGCAGCUUUUUUUGUUUUUUGUUCAACGUUGAACAGUGUCUUACUAUGACAUAUUUUGUGUUUCAGAAUGUUAAGCCUUCAUCACACGUUUGAUGUAGCCACCUUUUUAAAAAUUUUUUACUUUUACGUUUCAAAAUAAACGAGCAGUGUUGGUAAAUGAGUU